GUCCCCUGUUCAGUACAGAAAUAUAGUUCAGAAGAACCAGUCGUUUAACCCGGAUAAAUUAAGAAGCAAGGUCUGGAUAUGAAGGCUGUAUUGAUCCUGUGUGUUUUGGCUUUGGCCGCGUAUACGAUGGCUGAUACGAAUCUACAUCCUAGGGGCUGCAUAUAUGCUCUUGGAAGAUGUGUCAGGGACUGUGAAGAGGGCACUCACGCCUACACGACUGGAUGCGGCUACCUGACUCCAGAGGCCACAUGUGACGAGCCGAACCCUGUCCAGGAUACCAGAGGCCAGAUCUGUGACUAUUCGGCCUGCUACUGCGACCCUCCCACCGUCAGAGAUACGGCCUCCAACAAAUGCGUCCCUCUUGAAGACUGCCCUAAGAAAGCAUAGAAUGUUCGAAGAUCAAAAGACCGUCUGAUGUUAAUUCUUGUUACCUACACUUUAUACAUUUUCAUUAUUAUACCUAUUCGAAAGUAGAAA